CAAUUUCAUCAAACUGAAGAAACACACACUACAACCGAAGGUGUAUACGUGAGACUGCAACGGGGAGUGGUGGUCACUUUCACCGAUAAAAGUUUGAUGUUUUAACAGAUGCUGAACUUCAUUAGAAGUUGAACCUGUGUCUGCGGCUUGAGUAUUCGUAAAAGACACUAUGCAAUUGUACGGAACUAUUUUUUGGUUGUUUGUGGUGAUACAGAUGAAUCUUCUGAUCCUCGACCGCACCUGGGGGACGGAGGCUCAAGAACCAGCGUUCGAACUUCCCGUAGAACUGGUCGGGUUCCCCUUCAUCAUCUUGGCCGUCAGGAUCUCUAACUUCGUCAAGAAAUUAGCCUAUACCGUUAAUCCAAAGACAUACGUGGGACGAACGAAGCGAUCGGCCAUCGGAUAUGACGACAUGAUCGAUAUGAUUGAGGCAGAGAAACGUCUCGUUUCCGAACUGGGAGAGAACGUCUGUAUUUACACGAAAGUGUGUUUACAUCACGCGGAGAAGGCAAGAAAAACAAAAGGAAACGGAGAAUUGGUCAUUGAUUGGGACGAAAUUUUCAGAAACUACAAAUAUUCUAAGGAGCACCACAAGGAAUUCUAUCUGCUGAGUGUUUUUCUUGGAGAUUUUAUUGCCUCUCCGAGGUUUUGCAAUCAACUUGCGAAGAGAGGGCGUGCGUGCAGUGAUUAAUUUCAUAUAAACUAGUUGUUUUAUAGUGUCCUGCUAUAAUAAUGCUUAGAAGUCUAUAAGCGUAUCAGGUGACGCGUGUCAUUCGACUUUUUACGGUCGUUUCAAAAAGUCAUUUCGUCUCGAUACCACACCAUUCCACCCAAUUAUCGUGGUCAUUUUUACGUACCGGAAUUAUGCAGAAAUUAUUUUAUUUUUAACUAUAAACUACAAAUGUGCCUGUAGACUGACGAUGAAAAUUUGCCAUUUCAGGUCCAAAUUUCUUUUAUUUCACCCAAUACACUAUUAAGUCGAACCAUUUCAUGUCUACCUCGCCAAAUUUUGUAUCGUUUAGAAUUUUAGAUAAUAAAUAUGUACAGAAGAAUUUAAUAAAUUAUUACACCA